GGCCUGGGCGGGGCCUGGCCGGGGCGUCAGGGCCGCGGGCCGCAGGUGCCGGCGGCACUGGGCCUGGGCCUGGGCCUGCACCGGGUGCCCCUCGGGCCGCGCGGCCCUGAGUGGCGGCAUCUCCCCGGCCCGGCCCGGUCCGGUCCGGGCGGCGGCCUGGCAGGAAGCCUGAGUGGGAUGCGGCUGACGCGGAAGCGGCUGUGCUCGUUUCUCAUCGCCCUGUACUGCCUCUUCUCCCUGUACGCCGCCUACCACGUCUUUUUCGGGCGCCGCCAACGGUCACCGGCUGCGUCUUCGCGGGGCCUCCGGAAGGGGGCGGCCCCGGCGCGGGAGGGGCGCGGCCGAGAACCAUCUACUUUGGGAAGUGAAGAAUGGAAUCCUUGGGAAGAAGAUGAAAAAAAUGAGCAACAACACAGAUUUAAAACUAGUCUCCAAAUAUUAAAUAAAUCCAUGAAAGAGAAAACAGACUUCCAAGUACAAAUCUGGGGCAAAGCUGCCAUUGGUUUGUAUCUCUGGGAGCAUAUUUUUGAAGGCAUACUUGAUCCUACUGAUGUGACCGCUCAAUGGAGAGAAGGAAAUUCAAUUGUAGGAAGAACACAUUACAGCUUCAUCACUGGUCCAGCUGUAGUUCCGGGGUACUUCUCCGUUGAUGUGAAUAAUGUGGUACUCAUUUUAAAUGGAAGAGAAAAAGCAAAGGUCUUUUUUGCCACCCAGUGGUUACUUUAUGUACAAAAUUUAGUACAAACUCAAAAACUCCACCAUGUUGCUGUUGUUUUGCUUGGAAAUGAACAUUGUAACAACGACUGGAUCGACCAGUUCCUCAAAAGAAAUGGGGGGUUUGUGGAGCUGCUGUUCAUCAUAUAUGACAGCCCCUGGGUUAAUGACACGGAUGUUUUCCAGUGGCCUUUAGGAGUAGCAACGUACAGGAAUUUCCCUGUGGUGGAGGCAAGUUGGUCAAUGCUGUAUAAUGAAAGGCCCUACUUAUGUAAUUUCCUAGGAACUAUUUAUGCAAAUUCAUCCAGACAAGCACUCAUGAGCAUUUUGAAACAAGGUGGAAUUGAUAAGCUCUGUUGGGUCUCAGUAAGAGAACAGUGGCAGCCUCAGGAAACAAAUGAAAGCCUUAAGAAUUAUCAAGAAGCUUUGCUUCAGAGCGACCUCACUCUGUGCCCAGUAGGGGUAAACACGGAAUGUUAUAGGAUAUAUGAGGCUUGCUCCUAUGGCUCCGUUCCUGUGGUGGAAGAUGUCAUGACAGCUGGCAGCUGUGGAAAUACAUCUGUUUCCCAGAAUGCUCCUCUGCAGUUACUCAAGUCCAUGGGCGCUCCCUUUAUCUUUAUUAAGAACUGGAAGGAACUUCCUGCUAUUCUAGAAAAAGAGAAAACUAUGACUUUACAGGAAAAAAUUCAAAGAAGAAAAAUGUUACUUCACUGGUAUCAACACUUCAAAACAGAGCUAAAAACGAAAUUUACUAAUAUUUUAGAAAGUUCAUUUUUAAUGAACAAUAAAGGUUAACUAUUAAUUAUC